AUGCUUGGAGGUCUACUUUUCUCCUUCUGGAGAAUUAUUGAGAUCCUCACGCUUAUCCCGGUCAUUGGCAUGCUGGCGUGGUUCGUUUCUGGCUUCAACAGCAACAACCAAUUGACGCCGUCCUUCAUCCUUGUCCUCUUCAUUGUUUCCGUUCUAGCCUGCGCCUGGGCUAUUGCGACUCUACUGCGUCUCGGAUCGACUCGACGCUCUGCUCUGUUUGUUGCUUUUAUCGAUCUCUGCUUCGUUGGGGCCUUCGUUGCCGCAGACUACGAGCUCCGAGGCAUUUCGAAGGCCAACUGUGCCAACUUCACGACCGGGUCCAUCUACGUCAAUCUUGGUCCCUUUGGAUACUAUGGUCGGAGCAGUGGCUCAUCAUGGGCACUCAACCUGAACAAGAACUGCACCAUGCUGAAAGCCUCGUGGGCAUUCAGUAUCAUGAACACGGUCUUCUUUUUCUUCACUUUCAUCCUUGCGCUCUUCCUGCACCGUCACGAAUCGCGACAGAGAGUGGUUGUUAAGGAGGUCAGGAGAUCGAGACAUAGCAGCAGAAGGGGCCACUCUCGUUCAGGCUCAAGAAGGAGUAGCAGUCGACGCCGCACCUAUGUUUGA